UCACAGCUCUGGGCUUACACACAACACUCAGUAAUUGAUUGUUUCCUCGCUUGUCCAAUUCCCACAUGAACCGGUGCAGCUUCCCAUCGUCUCAAAUUCCUCCGCAUGCUUAAACCAUCCCAACCGGCCCUCGUGCUUGACUAUGAACGAUGAGGCGGGGCCAUCGGGAACACAGCGGCCACACCUGGAAGAUGACACCUCGGAACCACAUAGACUGUCGGAGCAGAAUGAAGGCGCAGAUGGAAGAGAGGCGAGCGCGAACCAAAUUGAGAUGCGCAAGAGGUUUGAUCAGUUCAGGAGGCAGGCGUGUCUGAAAACAUUGCUUGACGACUUUGACGCCGCCAUCAUGGCGCAGAUGGCAAUCUUAUAUUGUCUAGACUGCUCACUCUUUCGCUUCUUGUGCCGCGCCGCGGUUCAGUUUGCAAUACUCACGCCGCGUCCAGCGAACGCUCCUAAGCUUGCUACACCAACGCCGUACGUUGGUUUGAUAUUCGGAACAAACAUACUCAUCCUCAUCUUCCACAUGGUCCUCCCGCAUCCUGAGGCUGGCGAGAUGACAAGAGGGUAUCUUCACGGCGGUGCAUUGAUUGACUUCAUUGGCACCGAAGGCCCUGUUUCAAAGACGUAUCUUGUUUUACUUGACCUUUCAAUCCUCGUGCUACAAUGCAUCAUGUUAUCAGCGCACAUCAAAAGGAAGCGCGUAAUACAAACGCUCGGCAUCUCUCAGCGCGGUGACCCAGACAUUGGUCAGGAUGAGAAUGCCAGUGCAGACGUCGCAAGACCAAGUGAGGAUUUGGAGCUGGCCAACGAGCAAGACCACGAUGCCGAGGAACGUGGCGUGUACCGUGCCGACUCUCCAGAUCGUGAGGCGGAUGUUGAAGCCAGGAAUGCUACGGCUGAGUCAGCCAUACCACCUCACCUGGACGUGGACGCGCUACCCUCGGGACAAGUGAUAGUUGCGGAUCUGUAUGUGUUGACGACUAUUCGUGAGCAGUUUAUUGUGUUCCGAAACGCCCGUCGAGCGGCAUCAUCCACCCCCUCAAACGGGGCGACUGGCCCCAGCAUGACUACAAAUUUCAUCAAUGCUGGGCGAAGAGUAGGGCUACAGGCAACACUACAGAGACAAGCAAGGGCAGGAGGUUGACGGCCCUUUCAAAUGACAUGACCAUCAAAAUCAUAGUUGCGAUAGACACCCUUGACCUCGGCGACUUGAGCAAAGAAGAAUCUUCACAACAAUGCCUGCUCGUAUCAUGCC